ACCCCAUCAACUCUCCUUAAAAACCACAGCUAUGAUCAGAUCUCCUGUUUCAGGGAUUCAGUAAAUUUAUUGCAUGGGUCAGAGAAGACGUUUAUGAUGCACAGUCACUUAGAUGUACUCUGACAGGAUGCAGAAGUUCUCUCAUCAGAUACCAGGCUUGGGUUGAAUUUGCUCAUUUAGCCUCAAACUCAUCUCUGGAUUUGAAAUUAAGAAGAAUUUUCCAAAGUAGAAGGGACCUUGAAUUCCUCUUUCUCUCUCCUGGGAUGCGCUCGAUCUGCAGAUCGGUUUUGCUCCUCGGUUGCCCGUUACCGCAGGAGGGCUCUUGGCACGUUGAGUUUCAUGUGUCACGGCCAGAAAACGGGAGUUUCUUCAGAAGACUGAGCGAAGAGCAGCAGAGGGACCUCAGUUUGCUGUCCCGUGAUCCCUGUUGGGCCUCUAUAAACAGGGGGAUUCUGAUCUGUGAUGAGUGCUGUAGUGUUCAUCGAAGUUUGGGGCGUCAUAUCUCUCAAGUGAGACAUCUCAAGCAUACACCAUGGCCUCCAACACUGCUGCAGAUGGUUGAAACACUGUAUAAUAAUGGUGCUAACUCUAUAUGGGAACAUUCGUUGCUGGACCCUGCCUCUGUUAUGAGCGGAAGGCGCAAAGCUAGCCCACAGGAUAAAGUGCAUCCCAAUAAAGCAGAAUUCAUUAGAGCUAAAUAUCAAAUGUUAGCAUUUGUUCAUCGCUUGCCGUGCCGUGAAGAUGACAGUGUGACUGCCAAAGACCUCAGUAAGCAACUCCACUCCAGUGUAAGGACAGGGAACCUGGAGACGUGUUUGCGAUUACUCUCCUUAGGAGCUCAAGCCAACUUCUUUCAUCCUGAGAAAGGAAACACCCCGCUCCAUGUGGCUGCUAAGGCAGGACAGACUUUACAAGCAGAAUUACUAGCGGUUUAUGGUGCUGAUCCUGGCACGCAAGAUUCCAAUGGAAAAACUCCAGUUGACUGUGCAAGACAAGGCGGGCAUCAUGAACUGGCAGAGCGCCUGGUGGAAAUUCAGUAUGAACUCACAGACAGGCUGGCUUUCUAUCUCUGCGGCAGGAAACCAGAGCAUAAAAAUGGACAGCACUUUGUUAUACCUCAGAUGGCAGACAGCAGUCUAGAUUUAUCAGAACUUGCAAAAGCAGCUAAGAAGAAGCUUCAGUCUCUCAGCAACCACUUAUUUGAAGAACUUGCCAUGGAUGUGUAUGAUGAAGUUGACAGGAGGGAAACAGAUGCAGUUUGGCUUGCUACUCAGAAUCAUAGUACGCUUGUGACAGAGACCACAGUGGUCCCUUUUCUUCCCGUAAAUCCUGAAUAUUCCUCAACCAGGAAUCAGGGAAGACAGAAACUGGCUCGGUUUAAUGCCCAUGAAUUUGCUACGCUAGUUAUAGAUAUUUUAAGUGAUGCCAAACGAAGACAACAGGGAAAUCCUCUCACUGGUUCAAAAGAAAAUGUGGAACUGAUACUCAAGUCAAUCAGCAAUCAACAUAGUAAUGAAAGUCAGGAUAAUGACCAGCCUGAUUAUGACAGCGUUGCUUCAGAUGAAGAUACAGAUCUGGAAACAAAUGCAGCUAAAUCAAACAGACAGAAGAGCCUGGAUUCAGACUUGUCAGAUGGACCAGUGACAGCCCAAGAAUAUAUGCAAGUUAAAAAUGCGUUGGUGGCUUCUGAGGUAAAGAUUCAGCAGUUAAUGAAAGUGAACAUCAACUUGAGCGAUGAGCUGAGGAUCAUGCAGAAAAAGCUUCAAACGCUACAGAGUGAAAAUACCAACCUCAGAAGACAGGCCACAACCAAUAUAUAUCAGGUCCAAACUGGUUCUGAAUACACAGACCCUACCAACAAUUCUUCUUUAAAGCGGCGACCAUCUGCACGGGGUAGCAGACCCAUGUCCAUGUAUGAGACUGGAUCAGGUCAGAAACCCUACCUCCCCAUGGGAGAGGUCACAUACCCAGAAGAAAGCAUAACAAGACUGCAGCCUUUCCCUCCACAUAUCGGGAGGAGUGCGUUUGUGACCUCCUCUUCAUCUCUACCUUCCUUCCCCUCCACGCUUUCCUGGUCAAGGGAUGAAAGCACACGAAGGGCUUCGAAGCUGGAGAAGCAGAGCAGUGUCUCCGAGAGUGACUAUGACAACCCCACCUCCCCUCUGGAGCUGGAGGAGACGGGGUCAGGCAGGAAGGGCCGGCAGAGGAGCGUCAUUUGGCAGGGCGAGGGCUCCAUCCCUGAAGACGCCGACUCAGCCCCCAGCUCCAGUUUGCCCAGUACAGAAGAUGUGAUUCGGAAAACUGAGCAGAUCACUAAGAAUAUUCAGGAGCUGUUGCGAGCGGCACAAGAGAACAAGCAUGACAGGCCAUUAGAGCGUGCGGGCGUGCUCAAGCUCAGACAUAGCCUCGGCUGCUUCAGCACGCGGGUUCCCUGGGCUGGGAGAGCUCCCAUGCAGCCGCUGACCAUCCAGCAGCCCGGUCCUGCCUCCUGCUAUAUACCAUGCUCCGAGAGAAUACAUGUGGCAGUAACGGAAAUGGCAGCCUUGUUCCCCAAAAAACCCAAAUCUGAACUGGUAAGGACUUCUUUGCGUCUGCUGACAUCUAGUGCCUACAGACUCCAAUCCGAGUGCAAAAAAACCCUUCCCGUGGAGACAUGCCCGACGACAGACAUCCAGCUGGUCACGCAGCAAGUUAUCCAGUGCGCCUACGACAUCGCCAAGGCUGCCAAACAGCUGGUUACCAUCACAACCAAAGAGAACAACAACUGAGUCACACCCGGCUUUUUAGUCUUGUUUUUUAGAGGUUGGAUUUCAAAUAUAGGUGUGGAACUAUUCAGAUUUUUAUGAGAAAAACUAAAGGGGCAAGGAACUUUUUUUUUUU